AUGAGUGAGGAUUAGCCUGAAGCUAACAGGCUAUCAGUUAAAUAAUUGGCUGGAAGAUUUCAAUCAAUGAUGAAAGCUACAUCUAUUUAACAAUAAUAAUAACCUCCACCUAGAAAAUCAGAAGUUAUUACAAGAAACCCAUAAUAAUUAUAAUAAUUAAAGGAAGAUACUAAUAAAAUUAAUUAUAAAUCAGAAAUUAUUGAUAAUUAAACAGAUUCAAAUAUCAAGUCUGAUGAAACUAUUGAAUCAUUAUAAAAAAUUAUUGAAAAUCUUUAAAAAGAUUGUAAUAAAAAAGAUCAAAAAAUUUAGGAUUUAUAAGAAAAUUUAGUUAUCAUUUCUGAAUAAAUGAAAUCUCGUGAAUCUAAAAUUAGAGAAGAAGUAUAAUAAGAAACUAAAGAAACUAGUGAAUUUGGUAAAGAAAGAGUCAAAUUAAUUGCUGAAUUACAUAAAUGUUAAGUUGAUCUCUAAGAAUCUUAAAAAUAAAAUGCUAAUAAAUUCUCUUAAAUCUAAUAAUUAACUAAUAAAGCUACUUAAAUUUAAAAUCUAUCCAAAUUAGAAAUUGAUAAAUUAAAAUAAUAAAAUUAAGAAUUAGAAGAAAAAUUACUUUAAAGUCAAUCUAAAAUUGAUUAAUUAACUUAAAAAAUUGAAGAACUUAAAGAACUUAAUAGUUAAUUAAAUCUUUAAAAUUAAGAAGUUGAAGAUGUUAAGUUAAAAUUAGAAAAAGAAUUCUAAUAAAGAUAUGAUGAAGUAGAAUUUGAAAUCAUUAAUAAUAGAUAAAUUAUUGAAGAUCUUUAAAAUUAAGUUAAAGAACUUAAAGCUGUUUAAUUAUAAUUAGAAUCUGCUUCUAUAAAUGAAACAUUUGAUAUGAAAUAAUAAAUUAGUUAAUUAUAAGAUUAAACAAAUGAAUUACAAAAUUAAAAUUAAGAAUUAUAAUAAAAACUUCAUGCUAAAUAAAUUGAAUUUGACUAAAUGAAUAAAGCCAAAUCUAGAGAAAUUGAAAAACUUAAACAAGAUAAAAUUGAAUUAUAAGAAGAAUUAGAAUAAACCAAAUAAAUCUCAGAAUAAACAUAAGCUGAAACUGAAUCUAAUUAUAAAAAUUAAAUCUUGAUAUUACAAGAUAAAUUUUUUAAGAGUGAAGAGUAAACAGCCAAAUUAAAUUUAAAAAUAUAAGAAUUAUCUACAGAUCUUGUUCAGGAAAGAAUGCUUUAUAAAAAUAAUGAGGCUUAAUUAAAUGGAGUCAUUACUUAAUAAAAAGAUGAAUUAUCAUAAAAAUCAAGUCUGGUUAUAUAAUUGACUGAAAAAAUUAAGAUUUUAUAAGAUCAUUCUAUGUAAUAGGAAACAAAUAUAUCUAAAAAUAUAGAUGAUUAUAAAGUAUUACUUGAUUAAAAUAAUUAAUAAAUUACUUAAUUAUCAGAAUAAAUUAAAUCUUUAAAAAAAUAGCAAAGAUAAUAAGAAUAAGAAAAUAAAUAAGUUAUAUCUUAAUAUGAAUAGCAAAUUAAAUAAUAUUUGGCUGAAAUAACUUAAACAAAAAUUUAAAAAAAUGAAGCUGAAAAUUAAAGAUAAAAUUGUGAAAGUUCUUUAAAUUUGAUAAUUGAGAAAUAAAAGGUUUAACUUUAAUAAUCAAAUACAAUAAUUUAAGAUUUAAAUAAUCAAAUUGAAUAAUUUUAGUAAAGUAUUUAAGAUUAAGAAGAGUAAAGGUUAAGUGUCAUAUCAGUUAAGCAAUCUUUAUUAAUAGAAAAGGAAAGUCAUAUAAAUACACUUGAAUAAUAAGUAAUUAAAUGUUAGAAUGAAUUAAAUUAAAAAUAGGAUAUUAUUUUGAAUUUAUAACAAUAAUUUGAAAAAUAAAAAUCGGAAUUUAAUUAAGCAAUUGCUGAAAAAGAGAAAAAUACAAAAUUGACAAAUUAAUAAAGUUAAGAAUUAUAAAAUAAAAUUUCAGAUUUAACUAAUGAAAUUAAUUAAUUAAGAUAAAUAGUUGAUAAGGCUGAAGUGGAAAAAUAAACAAAUAUUUAAUCUUAUAAUGAAGCAAAUCAACAAUUAAAAGAUUAAUUAAAUUAAUAAAAUAGUUUAAUUUAAGAAUUACAAGAAUAUUUAAAAGAAAGUAAUUCUAAAGAAUAAUUAGCAAUAUAAAAGUCUACUCAAUAAAGUUUAGAAAUAAAUUAAUUGCAAUUAGAAAUAGGUAAAUUAAAAAAUGAUUUAUCUUAACAAGAAUAAAAGUAAUCUUAAAGUAAUCUGGAAAAUUCUUAUAAGUUAAAAGAAUAAUAGACUUAAAAUGAAAAUUUGAAGAAUGAAAUCAAGUAAAUAUAAUUAUUAUAAGAGAAAACGAAAUAAGAAAAUUAUUAAUUGAAUGAGUAACUAAUUGAUUUGAAAGUUAAAUUAUAAGAGAAUCAAGAAUAUAUAAAAUAAGUAAAUUAAAUAUCAGAAAGUUAAAAAGAAUAGCUUUAAAAGUUACAUGAUUAAUUGUAUUAAGAAUAAUAGAAGGAUUCUGUAAAUUAAACAGAAAAGUUUUAUUUACAAUAAUUAAUACAAUAACACAAAGAUUAAGUUAAUGAAGUUCAUGAGAAGAAUAAAUUAAUAACUAGUAUUAGUGAAUCAAAAGAUAAAUAAAUUGAAGCAUUAAAGAAAUAAGGAGAAGAUGCUCAAAAACAUUAUGAAUAAUAAAAAUAAACUUAAUAUGAAGAACUUGUAUAAUUAAAAUAAAAAUAUGAUUAAUAAAUACAUAUACUUGAAGAUGAGAAAUAAAGUUUAAUUGCUGAAUAUAAUAAUAGAAUAGCAAAUUUAGAAGAAAUCAAUAAUGAUUAUUAAAAAAACUCAUCAAUUGAGUAGAAUUAAUUUAAUUAAGAGAAAUUAAAUUUAAAGUAAUAAUUGCUUGAUUAGUAAAUUAAGAUAGAAAAAUUAUUAAAAGAAAUUGAAUAAUUACAAAUUUAAUUGGAAUAAAAAUCUUAAGAAAUUAUUUAGAUUAAUUUAAAGAAUGAAUAUGAAGUAUUAUAAUUAUCAGAAGAAUUAGUUCAACUCAAAUAAUUAAAUACAAAGUAAGUUGAAGAAAUAAAUGAAAGAGAUUUAAUGGUAACACUUCAUUAGACUUAAAUUAAUUUAUAAGAUGAUCAAUUUAGACUAGAAAUUUCUAAUUUAAAUGUUAAAAUAGAAAAUAUGAUAAGAGAUAAUUAAAUUUAAAUGGAAGAAAUGAAUAGUAAUUAUUAAAAGUAAUUAUAGUAAAAAUAAAAUGAAAUUUAAAAUAAAGAACAUUAAAUAAAAAAGCUAGAUUAAUAACUUUUUGAUUAUUAGGCAUAGAUGGAAUAAAGAUUAGAAUAUAUUUAAGAAAAAGAAAAAGAAAUAGAAAAGUUAAAUUCAAAUAAUUAAGUUUUUUCAAAUGAAAUUGUCUAAAAGGAAUAAGAAAUUAUUUAAUUAAAAAAUCACAUAGAAAAUUUAGGUAUAGAACUUGAGAAAUUUAAAUCAUAUUCAUAAUUAGAAUAAGAAAAAUAAUAAUAGGUGAUAUUAGAAUUAACAGAAAAUUUGAAACAAUCUGAAUAAUUAUUCAAAUAAUAGAAUAAAUCUUUAGAUGAUUAAAUAAAAAGUUAAGAACAAUAGAUAUCUAAUUUAAAUUAAAAGAUUGCAUAAUUAUAAGAGAAUUUAAAUUAAUUGAAUUAAAAAUAUUAAGAUUUAAGAAAUGAAAAAUAAUUGAAAGAAAGUGAAUAUGAAAAAUAAAUAUAAGAAUUAUAGAAUCUAAAUGAGAUUUAAAAUGAAGGAAUAGAUUCUUAAAUUUAAACAAAUGUUGAAUAAGCUGAACAAAUUUAAAAAUUGGAGUAGAGGGAAUAAUAAAUGUUUGAAGAAUUAUAAAAUUUAGUAGAAGAAAAAAAAUAAGUUGAAUUAACAUAUAAAUAAACAAUAGAAGAUUUAAAAAUUGUUUAAGAAUAAAGAAUAGCAGAAAUUAAUAAAAAGAAUUAAGAUUUGAUUUAAUUAAAGAAUUUAAUGUUAAUAUAAAAGGAUGAAGAGAUGGAUGAAUUAAAUUUAUAAAUAUAAUAAUAAUAGGAAGAAAAUACAAAAUAAUAAAAUUAGAAUGAUACUUUAUAAAUACAUUUGAGAGAAUUAAAGAAUACAUAUGAUGAAUAUCGAGAAACUAAAUUUUAAGAAGAGAAAAGAUUAAAUAAGGAACUAGAUUUGGCUGAAUAAAAAAUAAAUGAAUUAUAAGAAUAAGUUGAUUAACAUACAGAAAGUAUAUAAAAUUUAUAAAGUGAAAUAUAAAGAAAAGAUUUAGAAUAUUUAUAAUUAUAAUCUUAAUUGUAGACAAAAAUAUAACAACAUACUCUUGAAUUAUCUGAUCUUGGAGGAAAAAUAACAGAAGAAUAAUUAAAACAUUAAAUUGAAGCUAAUCAAAAAUAAUAAGAGAUAAGUGAACUUAAUUCUAAAAUUCAAGAAGAUAAAGAUAAAAUUGAAGAAUUAUAAAACAAUAUCAUAAAUAAAGAAGCUUAAAUUAAAUCAUUAGAAGAAACUAUUGAAAUAAAUACUAAUUAGAUUUAAUAAUAAAGUAUAAAGAUUUAAGAAUAAUAAAAAUAAAUUGAAGGAUUAAUUUAAGAAAAUCAAACUAAGUAAAAGUAAUUAGAAUAAUCAGCAAAAAGUGUAAAAGAUACUUAAUUAGAAUUAGAAGAGUUGACUUCUUAAUUAACUGAAUAAAUUGAGAAAUUUAAUCAAACUGAAGGAUCAUAUUUAAAAUUAUAGUAAUAACAUAAAUCUUUAGAAGAACUUUACAGUAAUACUCUAAAGUUAUUAGAAACAAAAGAAGAAGAUUUAACAACAACUGUAAUAUAAAAAAAUGAAGAAAUUGCUAGUAUUCAAUUAUAGAUGGAAAAAUAAAAAUAAGAGUCUGAAAAAGAGUAUAAACAAUUAGAGGAUUAUUCUUAUGAAUAAUUAUUAAAAAAAAUGGAUGAUAUUGCUUAAAAAGAUUGGGAAAUAGAUAAUUUGAAUUAAGAAGUUUAAGACUUAAAGAUGAAAUUGUAAGUAGGUAUGGAGUGUAUUGAAUAAUAUGAUAAAGAAUUAGAUUAAUAGACUAUUGAGAUUGGUGAAUUAAAAUUGAAGGUUAAAUAAGAGGAGAAAUAAAUUUAAGAAUAUAAUGAGGUUAUUGAAAAAUAGAAAUUAGAGAUUGAAGCUGUUAAUAAAUAAAUGAAUGAAGAACUAGAAUUAGUAUCUUAAACACUUUAAGAAAAUUAAUAAAAUUAUGAAGCUGAACUUUAAACGAAAUUAGCAAAUUUAAAUAAAAAAGAAGCUUAGAUAUUAAAUUUAGAUUUUUAAAUUGCAGAACUAUAAUAAAAUAUAAAUUCUUAAAAAGAUCAAAUUGAUCAAUUAACUACAGAAAGAGCUAUAUUAAUUGAGAGAUAAUAAAAAAUGGAAAAUGAAAAACAGGAAAGUGAUUAAGAAUUAAAAUAAUAAAUUUUAAACCUAAAAGACAGUUUGUAAUAAAUGGAAGAUAAUUAUAAUUAAUUAAAAAUAUAAAAUGAUGAUGUAUCUAAUUAAUUUGUUACUCAAAAAGAAUUAUAUAAUAAUUUAUAAUUAAAAUAUGAAGAAGAUUAAGAAGAUUAAGAAUCUUGUUAAUAAUUUAUUUAAGAAUUAUAAAAUGCAAAAGAUAAAUAAAAUGUUGAAUUUUAAAAGUAUAUGAAAGAAUCAGAAUUCAAUAAUUAAAAAGCAAAUAGUAAGAUAAACUAAUUAGAAGAAAAAUUGAUUUAAUUGUAAAAUUUGAUUGAAUCUAUUUAAAAAAAUUUAGAAGAUAAAAAUACAUAAUAUGAUGAAUUAUCUUAAAAGUUAUUUGAAAAGUAAAAUGAAUUAAAUUAAAUUGUUUUAGAAAAGUAAACUAAUGAAAAAAAACUUAGUUUAUAAAUUUAAGAAUGCAAUAAUAAAAUUGCAUCAUACAAUUUAGAAGUUGCUCAAUUAUCACAAGUAAUUACUUUGAAAGAAUCUGAAAAAUCUUAAUUGUCAAAAUAAUUUGAACAAACUUCGGAUUAAUUAAAAUAACAACUUUUUAAAUAAACAUAAAUUAUUUAAGAACUUUAAGAUUAUAUUAAUGAAAGUUAAGAAAAUGAAUAACUUGCAGGAUAAAAAAUAAAUAGUCUAAAUUUAUAAAUUAGUACUUUUGAAUUUGAAAUAUCAAAUCUAAAUUGUGAAAUACUUAAAUUAUAGAAUACAAUAAAAUAAUAAAAAGAAGAAAAAUUAAGGAUGGAAGAAGAUCAUUAAUAAGAUAUUAUAUAAAUUCAAUAAUAAUUAUAAGCAGCUAUUAGUGCUAAUUAACUUUUGAAAAAUGAAGCAUAGAAAAAGUAAAUUAAUCUAUUUGAGAAUGAAUAAAAUUUAAAUAGCAAAAUAGAGCAAUAAGUAUAUGAAAUUAAGAUUUUAAAAGAAGAAAUAUAAAGAUUAUAAUAAGAAAUGCAAAGACAAACUAAAGAAAGUGAUUCUAGUAUAAAUAAUAAAAACGAAAUGAUUGAUUUAUUAAAAAAGUAGUUAAUUGAUAUUUAGAAUAGUGCAGCUAAUGCAGAAGAAAUGAAAGAAUUAAUUUAAAGGCAAUUAUAAGAUUAAAGUUAAUCUUAAGCACAAUAAUUAAAUUAGUAAAUAAAAACAAGAGAGGAUUAGAUUACUAAUCUUAGAUAAUAAAUUUAAUCAUUAUCUUAAAGUAAAUAAUAAUAAGAAUAGUUGUUAACAGAAUAAAUUAGUGUAUUGAAUUAAUAAGUAAAAUCAAAAAAUGAAUCAAUGAAUUAAUUAGAUGAAUCAAUUAAAUAUUUUAAAAGUUAGAUUGAUUAAUCAAAUCAAACAAUUACUUAAUUAUAAUAAGAUAUAUAAAGUUUAAAUGGUAAACUUCAAAUAUAAAAAAAUGAAAAUAAUCAAAUAAAUUCUGAGAACAAAGAGUAAUAAAAUAGAAUUGAAAAUUUAUAACAAACAUAAAAUAUAAUGAAAUUAAAAUUAGAAAAAUUUAAAUAAUAAAUUUUGAAAUUAGAGGAAGAAAAAUCAAAACAAAAUGAAUAAAUUAAAUAAUUAACCACAUAAAUGAAUGACUAAAAUUCUUAAAAUUAACAAAUAACGUAAAAAUUGUUAACAGAAAAAGAAGAAAAAGAAUUAAUCGAUAUUUAAUAGAAAAAUAUUUUUGAAUAAUUCUAAUAAUAUAAAGAAUGGUCAGAAAAAUAAAUAAAUUAAUUAAAUAAUAAGACAACUUAAUUAGAAUAAACAUUAUUGUAAAGCCAAAAUAAUUAUUUAUUAAUAACUAAAUAAAAAUAAGAAUUAGAUGAAAAAUUAAGUAAAUUAGGUUAACAAUUAUAAAGUGUGAAUUCUUAAUUAUCAGAUCAAAGAGAAUAAUAUGAAAGUGAGAUUUAGCAAUAAUCCUAAUAAAUAAAUAAUCUAAGUUAAGAAAACUCUUAAUUGUAAGAAACAUUAAAUGAAAAACUUGAUGAAUUAAGUAAAAUAUAAAUUGAGAAUACAAAAUUAUAGUAAAAUUAGAAAAAGGUUGAAAAAUUGGAAAUAUCAGUGUAAGAAUUAAGUAUUUAGAAAGAAUAAAAUGGAAAGUAAUUAGAAUAAUAGGAGAUAAAAUUGAAAUCUUAGUAAUAAGAAUUAGAAUAAUUAAGAGAGAAUUAUAAUUUAUUAAAGAAUCAAAUAAAUUCUUUAAAUCAAUAAAUUGCUCAAUAUGAAUUGGAUAAGGAAAAGUUAAAUAAAGAGAUUAAAUAAUUAUCAAAUCAGAAUUAAAAUUAUCUGAAUUAAGUUCAAAAGUAUUAGGAUUAUAUAAAUUAAUAGUAGCAAGAACUUGAAAAAAAUAUAAUAUAGAAUAGAAGCAUAGUGAUAAAUGAUACAUAAGGAUAAUAAUUAGAAGCAGAAUUGAAAAUUCUAUAAGUAAAAGUAUGUAUUAAUUAUAAUAUAAUUAAAUUAGUUGGUGUAACAAUUGAAUUAUUACAAAUAAUUGAUUUAGGAUAAAAAGAAUCAAGAAAUAAGAGCCAAGAUUAAUGAGGAUUUAGAUUAGAUAAAAAAGGAUUAUGUAAUGGCUUUUGAGAAGAUAGGUAUAUUAAUAAGAGGAAUAGAUGAUUUAGAAAAAGUUAAUGGGCCAAAAAAUUAGUAAAUAAAUGAUAUUAUGAAUUAGAAAUGAGUUAAAUAAAUCAAUAGCAGGAUUGAAAGAUUUUAUAUCAAAGUUUGCAAGUACAAUAUUGAGGGAUAUUAAAUGAGUUAAUGUUUAUUUUCAAUUAAAUAAUGUUCUUUAUUUUAAAUUAUUGAUUGAAUAAGGAUUCUUGAAAAGUGACUUAUAAUUUGAGUAAGUUUAUAGCAUUUUGUAGUCAAGAAAGUGGAAUUAUUUGAUAUUACAUAAAUAUGAGUGGUUAUGGCUUUGUUAGGAAGUUAGGAGAAGGAGAAUAAGGACAAGUUGUUG